AUGAUCGUAUGUGUAAGCCUAGCCAUUGCACUUGGUGUUGUUGUUGGGGACAUUAAUAAAAAAAACUCAAAUUCAGAAGGUGGAAUUCAAUGGAAUGCAACAAGCCAGAGGGUACAAUAUAAUGUUGGCUAUGGGUUAUAUAUUGAUCGAAACGACCGCUUGUACAUUUGCGAUUUUCCUAACGAUCACAUUCAGCGUUUUUCUCCACCAUCCUACACAUCUCCAGGGACCACUGUUGCUGGUAAUGGAACAUUUGCGUCGACACCGGGUACGCUCAAUGCUCCAUCUUGUGUCUAUGUGGACAAUUCUUCCAACAUGUACAUUGCUGAUGCAAACAAUUAUCGCAUUCAACUUUGGUUAGCUGGUGCAAGUAGUGGGACCACGAUUGCAGGUACAGGCGUCUAUGGUUCAACAGCCAGCUCCUUCGGUGAUAUUUACGGCAUGUUUGUCGAUACGACAAAUAGGCAGAUCUAUGUAGCUGAUUAUAGAAAUAAUCGGAUGAUGAUUUGGCCCUUUUUUGGUAAUGCAAGCACUUUUAUCAUUACAGGCAUCAAUCAGAUUAUGGAUGUUCAAGUGGACGCCGCUGGGUACGUGUACACCGCGAGCAACACUGCAGGUGUGGGUAGUGUGUUAAGAUAUCCGCCUAAUUCUACGACUGGUGGUAUUGUAGUCGCUUCGGGUUUCACAUUUACGGAAGGAAUUCGGCUUGAUUUCUAUGGUAAUUUGUACGUUCUCAAUUCCGGAAAUGGAAGCAUUCAAAUGUUUUGCGCUAGUUCGAUGCCGAGCUCGCAUGGAGUUGUUGUUGCCAGCGGUCUGAGCUAUCCAGUCGAUAUUACUUUUGACUCGAACAUGAAUUUAUUUGUUCUGGAUUUAACUGCUGGUUGGGUGGUAAAAUUUGCCAAACUGUGA